AUGUCGUCUGGGUCGCGCUGUCCGGCGUGCUCCGAGGCCUGUGUGUCGCCGCGGCUGCUGCCCUGCCUGCACUCGCUGUGCGCGUCCUGCCUGCGGCGGCUCGGCCGCCUGGGGGAACCGGGCCGGCCCGCCGCCCGCUGCGUCCUGUGCCCGGUGUGCGACGCUGUGGUGGAGCUGCCGCCCGGAGGCGUCGCUCAACUCACCCCCGACUACCUGGCGCUGAGCCGAGGCGGGGAGGCGGCGGUGGGGUGCGACCUGUGCGCCGACGGGGCGGCUUCGGGGCGGUGCCUGACCUGCGGUGCCAACCUCUGCCUCUUCUGCUGCCAGGCCCACAGGAGACAGAAGAAGACAGCCUCUCAUGCUGUGAUGGAAAUGGAGAAUACUAAGGAUUGUAGCCAAGCUGGGAAGCCUCUCUUCUGCCCCUUCCAUCCCACAGAGGAACUGAGGUUGUUCUGUGAGCAGUGUGACCAGCCUGUGUGCCGGGAUUGUGUUGUGGACAGGCACCGGCAGCACCUUUAUGACUUCACUGGCAGUGUCAUCCAUAGGCAUGGAGAUUCCCUGCGGCAGCUGCUGAAAACCACCCAGCAGCACAUGGGCACCCUGGAGGGUGUGCUGAGACAGAUUGAUGACAUGGGCAGUGCUGUCUGCAGUCGCACAGAGGCUGUAGCCUCAGAGAUCUCUCUGUUUGCUGCUGGCUAUGUGAAAGCAAUUGAAAAGCACCGGGACCAGCUGCUCAAGCAGCUGGAGGACUUGAAGGUGCAGAAGGAAAACCUGCUACACUUGCAGAAGGCCCAGCUGCAGCAGCUGCUGCUGGACAUGAGGACAGGCGUGGAGUUCACAGAGCACUUGCUGACAAGUGGCUCAGACUUGGAGAUCCUCCUCACCAAAGGGGUAGUGGCAAGCCGGCUGGCAAAGCUGAAUGGCAUUGCUUACAACACCCACCCCAGCACAGAUGACAGGAUCCAAUUCUCUCCCCAGGAGAGAGCGGGGAAGUGUUGUGGCUAUGAAGUUUUUGGUUGCAUUCUCAAUAAAGUGGUGGAUCCAGCCAGAUGUACCCUGCACGGGGAAGAUCUCCACAGUGCCCAUCAGAAGGAGCUGACUGGCUUUACCCUGCUCCUCAAGGACACUACUGGGGAGCGGAUGCGGCGAGGAGGAGAGGCCGUGCAGGUCACCAUCACCCACAGAGACAAGAGAGACUGUUCACUCAAGCCAACAGUGCGUGAUAACGGUGAUGGGACCUAUCAUGUUUCCUACAGCCCUGAGGAGCCAGGCUUGUAUGCUGUCUGCAUCUAUGUGAAAGGGCAGCAUAUACAGGGCUCUCCUUUCUCUCUGGAGGUGAAAAACAAGUUCCGUGAGCACCAAGGUGUGUUUCACUGCUGCACGUUCUGCUCGAGUGGAGGGCAGAAAGCUGCUCGCUGUGCCUGUGGUGGGACCAUGCCGGGUGGAUACCAAGGGUGUGGUCAUGGGCACAAAGGUCACCCUGGACACCCUCACUGGUCAUGCUGUGGACAAGUGAAGGAGAGCUCAGAGUGUUUGGAUGGGCUACCCAGUGACACCUCACAGAGAAGUUUGCUCAGGACGGUGGCGCUCUGAGCAGCCAGGUGAGCUUCUGCAAGCCUG